GAACUGAUAUAACAAUAGCAGCUUGAUAAAGAACACUCAAAAAUUUUACACUCCAAAUUUAUAGAAACUUGAUCAAAGAUGAGUUCAAAGACUACAAAGUGAAUUUCUCAAUGUCAGAAGUGCAAGAAGAUGUUGAUGCUUUCAUAAAAUUGUUUUGUGACAAUGAUGUUGCCCAUACUGGUAUCGCCAUGGGAACACCGGGCGAUAAGGCCAGCGUCGGUGAGGUAGUGAAGACAGCGCCGCCGGCCCCGGGGCAGCGCGACCGCCCCCAGCCGCCCGCCCCGGACUGCCGCCCGCCGCCCUUGCCGCCUGAUCCGCCUCCGGGCGGCCCAAACGCCGGCAUGGGCGUGGUCGACAGGCCGCCGACACAGGUCCAUCAGGCUUUCGCCGUGGGAACAGGGUUGUCGCACAUAGAUGACUACUACUCGCAAACCAAAUACUACGACUAUCAGCACCCCGCCUACGCCAACCCGUCCAAACAGAAGACGACAUUCCCCUCGACCGUUCCAGAUCCGGGGCAGGGGCCCUCCGGCCUGCAAACGCCCAAAACGAAAACGACCGUCGCGACGACGAAACCGAAGAGGCCGAAAAAGCCCGCCGAAGAGCCUGUCGCGACGCCGACGCUUGUCGGCAAGGAGCACAAGUGCCGCGACUGCCACAAGGGGUACGCCACCCCGGAAAAGUUGGCAAAACAUCAGCAAACGCACACUGGAUCAUCGUCACCUUUCAAGUGCGACAACUGCAAGAAAUUGUUUACAUCGAAAUUCAAACUAGUUAGACACGCUCUCAUCCAUUCAGACCAGAAACCUUUUAGUUGUAUGGUGUGUGAUAGGACGUUCCACAGAAAAGAUCAUCUCAAAAACCACAUCAAGGUUCACAGUCCAUCCAAGGAGGUUCAUGUGUGCAAUUCUUGCAAGAAACAGUACACGUCAUUAUUAAGUUAUAGGAAACAUCAAGCUUUUCAUUCGGCCGAGGAAGGAAAUCUUACUUGCCAAAUGUGCUCUGAAGAUUUCGAAACGAAAGAAGCCAUCUUAUACCACUUGAAGAUCCACGCUGGCAGCAGGACGGUGAAGAAUCCGAACGAGAAGAAAUUCACGUGUGAUCAGUGCGACCGCAAGUUUUUUACGAAAAAGGAUGUCAGGAGGCAUCUUGUAGUACAUACAGGUAAACGCGAUUUCCUAUGUCAAUACUGCCCCCAGCGCUUCGGUCGCAAGGACCAUCUAGUUAGACACAUAAAAAAAGCGCACCACAUCAGAUACAGGCCCGACGAGACCGCCACCGCUGCCACGAUUAAGACCGAGGUGGGCGCCGAGGCCGUCAAGACCGAGAUGUCGGAGAGCAGCCUGUCGAACGCCGCCACUGAGGAUUUCGCGGCCGACUUGGACUUUCCGCUGAAGAAUAUAUCCGAAGAGACUCUGACCACGCUGCUGGAAGUGGAGAAUUUGGGGUUGGGACUGCCUGCGGCGUCGGAGGAAGGGGAGCUGGAAGACUUGGGGAACACCAUCCUGGAGGAAAUAGAGGGCCCCACCGAGGCGACCAGGAUCAUGUUGAGCGACAACUUGGAUGCUAGUCAAGACGUGUUAGACGAGGUGGUGCUGAACGAUCCCGAGCUGCUGCAGCGGCUGCUGGAGGCGCCCGCCGACAAGAAUCUGCCCUUGCCCGGGUUCAGUCAGACGUUCCAGUCGCCCCCGCCAGGGGGCGGUCAGCCCCUGUGAGGGGGUGGCUUUCACCCGGUUCGGAUCGGACCCAUGUGGGUCGAGGUUUUACUGCUAUGAGGUAAUUUACUGAUGGCUUUCCUCAAUGUGUUUUUUGUUUUGUUUUAGGGAGUGUUUGGGAGAUGAUUCUGAAAUAGGUUAUGAUACAUAUCAAACUCAUGAUUGUCGCCAUGAAUAUAAAUCUUGAUAUAAGUCGCCUGCACAUUAUUUGUGAUCUAAAAGUACUGUAGUCACAUUGUUUUUAUUCGCAAAUUUCGUCAUUCCUCUUUACAAGUCCUGCAACUUUUUUUUAUUUAUUUAUUCACGGGAUAAACCCCAUUACAGUAUAAAUUUAAAAAAUAUAUAAAUAACAUAUUUGAAUGUACCAGACACAUAAGUAAGUAUAUGAAACAUAUACCUACCCAACAAUGGCGAUAUAACUAGUUUACACAUGAAUAUAUGGAAUAGAUGAGACUAGAAACCCUAUGAAACUAACAAUAACAAAUUCGAUGGCUAAUCAAAUGCCACUCUCUUCUACUUACAAGCUAUUCAAUGAUUUUUUUAAACAUAUUGUAAGACAAUCCAAAUAUAUUGAUGUUCAUGUCGUUCAAUAUCUUCAGAGUUCUUUCCAAGGGUGCAUGCUUGCCAUAAUUUGUGAAAUGGAAUGGUAAGUGAAAUAACAAUUCAUGUCUAAGAUUCCUCUUUGGAACGUUGAAGUUAAUCGACUGGAGUAAUUCCGGACACAAUAUAAGUCCAUUGAGGAGUUUGAAUACAAAACAAAGAUCUGCGUGAGUUCUUCUUGUUUUCAACGUUUUAAGGUUGAGUUCACGUAAAUUAUCUGAAUAAUCGUGGUUUUGUAUAUGAAUACCUGAUCUAUAUGCACAAAAUCUCAAAAAUUUAUUUUGUACCCUUUCUAAUGAAUUAGAGUGAAUCUGCCAUAGAAGCUAAUGGAGUGAAAAUUUCUACAACCCACACGACCAUAUUUCGUCAACAUGUCAGAUACUCUCGUUUGAUUGCAGGAUUCCAACUUUCUUGCAUUUCACUUCACAAAUCUUUCUAUCAACUCCUAUUGCCCAUAUAUGAAAUAGGUUAUGAUACAUAUCAAAGUCAUAAUUGUCGCUAUGAAUAUAAAUCUUGAUAUAUGAGUCGCCUAUACAUAAUUUGUGAUUUAAGAGUACUGUAGUCACAUGGUUUUCAUCCGCAAAUUUUGUCAUUUCUCUUUAGAAGUCCUGUCACUUCUACCAUAGAAGUUAAUAGAGUGAAAAUGUCUACAACCCACACGACCAUAUUUCGUCAACAUGUCAGAUCCUCUCGUUUAAUGACAGGAUUCCAAGUAUCUUGCAUUUCACUUCACAAGUCUUUCUAUCAACUCCUAUUGCUGAGAGAAUUCUGAAGAGAAAUGACGAAAUUUUAAAACAGAAGCUUCGUGAGUGACUCGAAUUAUUUUAGAUCACAAUUUACCUACCUGAAAAAUCGUAUUCCUUCGUCUCUCGCUGCGUUUUUUGUGCAUUUCACAACAACACAAUGUGAUGGAAUGAUUGAAUAAAUAGAUAGCCGAAAUUAUUCUGAAGAACUAUUUCAAUCGUUUGUAAACGAACAGGAAAAGUGAGGUUGUUUUAUCUUCAGGGUCGGUCAUCUGUCAAAUGUGCACGUGACCUAUUAUUUCGACGAGGAGAGAAAAUUACAAAAAUUUUGAGAAUCCGGAAUUUCGAGCUUUAUAAUACAAAAUAAAUUAACUGUACCAUGUGAAAAAAGAACUAAAUAUUCCAAGAAUAUUUUUCUUAUCUUUUUUAUUACAUAUUUAUUGUUUUAUUACAUUGAAAAUUCAUCUAAUUUUUUUGUACAUAUCCUGAAGUACUGAAUCAAUUCAUUUUCAGCCGAAUAUUCAGUCCUGAGGAAUCUCCUGAAACAGGUCGAUUAUCAAUCUCAAUUUUUCACAUUCAUGGGGGAAAAUUGAAUACACAGGGUGAUCCACGUUUCAAUUAUGACGUCCGCGACAGUUGUUUCAAAAGGAACAUCAUAAUAUCAUUCAAUUCUUGGAAUCUCCAUGGAAAGCUGAUUUCAAAAAUAUAAUAUCACAUUUAGAGUUUGUAUACAGUUCUUCAUUGUCAUCAAGGGAAUACCGAUGACGUCAUUUCUCCUAUACGAGUCAUUCUGAAUGAUAUUGAUAUUCAUUUGAUUUGGAAAAAUGCCCAAAUGUAAAUAGAAUUAUGCUUUUAUUUUUUUACAAAUUGGACCCCACACAAAAACAUAGGAAGGCUCUGGAUUGAAUUGUCUGAAAUUUUACUAUGUUGUUGUGGGAUGGCUCCUAAGAUGUGGCAAAUUGAGAUCAAAAAUCGAUCCGUUUCAGGAGGUUACUCAGAAAUGGAGCAUGAGGAGAAGCGCCAUAUUUCAGAAUCAUCCCUUAUACCCCUUUCUAAAAUGUCCUGAAAUGUAUCUCAUUCAGGAAUUUAAUAGACUUCAAGAUACUUUUCACUGGGAGUAAAUAAUCAAAAGUUCAAGUGCGAAGAAGUUUUGUGUCAAAUUGAAAACUUACAUGUCUCCAUACUGAAUACAAAGACAAAUAUAUAUAUUCCGAAUUCAACUGACAGUACUGAAUCUGAUGAUUUUUUAUUCUGAAAUCAAAAAUAUUACUGAAAGUGAAAGAUACUUUUGAGCGGACAUACUAUUCAUUCCAAAUAUUAAGACUCAACAUUCUGCUGAAAUUGUUGACUAUCAAAAGGUAGUGUGGCUUCAGUGAACUGUCAUUAUUUUAGAGGGGGAAAGAAUUUCACAUUUAUUUUCGUUGUUUUUUAAACAUGAAGUCUUGUCUAAUCAAUAAUAAAUCAAUAAUAUCAAAUUCAAUAUCAAAAAAUGUCUGAUAUUGAAAUAAUUGACGCUGAGAAUAAUAUUCAAAUUUCACCAGCUGAUCAACUGCUGCUGAAUACUGAUGAAAACCAUGAAAACGUGUUCCGAUUUACAGCACUGUACUUUUGAUUUCAUAUUUCGGAACACUGGUUUUCACGGUACUAACCAGGUGGAUUCGGAAUGUUGCCAAAAUAAAAUGGAAUAAUAUUUUUGAUUUUCGAGCAACAAUUAAAUCAAGUAUUCACUCCAAUUCAGUAGCUACUUACUCAAUCUUUACUGCUUCAUCUUUUCUUUAUUCAAUUCCCAAUAUUUUUCACCUCAUGAACCUCAAAAAAAUGAGAUUUACAAAAAAAUAGUGUAAUUCAUAGUCAUUCUUUAACAUUGUUGUUUACUAUGUUACUAUCAAUUAUUGCAAAGCAAUCUUAUUGAACUUUUUAUUUAAUUUUAUCUUUUUAAAUCUCUCAAAUGUUAUUAAAGUUUUAAGAGAGAUAAUAAUAUUGAAUUUAUUCUUUUAUAUUGACUAUGUUGGUAUAAUUCAAAUUUUAUUAACACGUUGAAGAAACUAAAAUAUGCUGAUCUGUUAUUCCUUCGACUAGAAACAAAAUAGAAUCCAUUGAAUUGUGAUUUUUAGAAACUCUUAUAUUUGAUCUGAAAUAAUUCGCAAAGUAAAUAUUUUCCUGAACCGGAAUUAGUACAGAGCACAAAUUUCAAUGUUCAUCGUUUGUUGGUUUUGAAAUUUUGUCAUGAAUGUGAUGAAAAAUAUGUUUUUUUAAGAAAUCACAUUAUAUUUUGUUAAUUGGUUCAAAACUAACUUCUAGUGUGACUGUAGAAAAACGAAAAUUUACCUAAAAAUUGUGGUGCUAAAUAUAUUAUUGUUAGCUUUUUAUUAUACUAUUAUAUUUCCAAAGAUUAUAUACACAUAGAUUUUCUGAAAAUGCGAAUUCACAAUUUUUUUCUCGACUUCCAUCAAAAUUCCAAUGACCUUAUUUCAUUACUGAAAAUAUUAUGUGUGUAUAUUCUUAUAUUCAGUUGCAUUGCUUUCUAAAUUUUUAGGGCUAAAUGAAUUUGUGAUUGUAAUAUAAUGUUGGUAGUUUAGUUAUUGAAAAUUUAGAGCGCAUUGCAACUUAUGUUAGAUGUUAUUUGUUAAUUUUUAAAAUAGUAUCAAUAACUCACCAACUUAAAGAAAUCCAAGUACAAAUUCAUGAGAAGCAUUUCGCCAUUUUCACGUUUAUUUAUUUUUUUAUGGAGAUUAUUGAAAACGGCGAAUCAGAUAUUAUACAAAAUACACCUACCUAUGUGAGGCUGAUAAUAUAGUUUUGUUUAGUUUGCAUUAUUUUACAUUCGAAACAAACAAGAAAUUCAAGCUAUGAUUUUAUGGCACAGUUGACAAUAAUUUGGAUCGAAAUUAUUUUCCUUCACUGGUAGGGACUAAGAUUAUUCAGUACUUUUUUGCAGUGGUCUUCAAUAUUUAGUAAAAAAAGUAAAACCCAAAUGGCAAUGUCCAAAUUCAUGUGUAUUGACAAAAGUAUUUCUAAAAUUCAAGUGCUUACAAAAUGGUAUUGUGAAGGAAAAAUUGGUUGUAUUCAAAAUUUACUGUGAAUCAAACUGAGUAAUCACCAUUUUAAUUUAAUUUUUUUCAAGUUUAUGGUGUAUUUUGUUUUUCAAUCCGAAACUAAACAAUUAAUCUACCUCAUUUUGCAACAUUUCAUGCUGUACAAUCAGCUAGUCAUAGUUUUUAAGAAAUAAUAGUUUUUAUGUAUCUACUGUAAAAUAAAACAAAUACAUUUCACCAGCACUUGUGUUGUAUAUGAAAGAUAAAUGAGUAUAUUUCAAAACAUAUUAUGUACAGACUAUAUUUUUAUACAAAUUAUAGUAUUAUUUAUAUUUAUAUUUGUUUCAUUCAUAUGAGAUUUGGCAUAGUACGUCUG